CUCGCAUUCUGUGAUUAACCGACGCGGGGUUUGCUGAAUGCCGUCUUAGACUAAAAGAGAGACGCGAAAGUGCCAGAACCUUCCGGAUAUUGACGACCCAAAAAGGUUUGUUACAAAAAAUUACAAAAAAUAAAAUAAUUACUUAUUUAUCAAUUUAUUUAAACCUCCCUUCCUCCUCAAGAGUCAAGACAUGAAAACACAACGUCAUCGCUGAUCCCCCAAUCGCUUUGCCCUGAUUAUAUAUACAACGCACGACGUGUUUAUAUAAUUGGUGUUGAAUUGAAAGCGAAGUAGAGAGAAAAGAUGGAUUUUGAACUACGGAUGGCGAGAGAGAAGCUCGAGAAGGAACAGAAGGAUAGGAAACAGAAAGCGAGAUUGAAAUUAGAAAGAGAGAGGAAGGCUAAACAGGAGGCGAUUCGACAAAGAGAAGCUAUUGAAGCCGCUCAGAGAUCUCGUAGGAUCGAUGCUAUGGAAGCUCAACUUAAGGAAGAUCAGCAUAUGGAAGAAAAUUUACUUGCUGGAAGAGGAAUCAUGUUCAAUCGGGUAUUAGAAGCCGUGCCUUACCCGGGUAUUGGAGAUAAAAUUAAAUUACCUCCAUCCUGCUUUACAGAGUUAUCAGAUCAAGGUUCCUUUGACAAGGGACCUUUGCAUUUUUGUCUUUCUCUUGUGCAUCAUGUAAAUUCUUCAAAUACCGAAGGGGCUCAAAGUCAAAACACAGGAACAACUCAUGCUGGAGUUUUAGAGUUCACUGCAGAAGAGGGUUUUGUUGGGCUGCCUCCGCAUAUAUGGAAUAAUUUAUUCUCCAAAUCUGUUCCAGAAGUUCCCUUGGUUGAAGUGCGUUAUGUGUGGCUACCAAAAGGAACCUACGCAAAGCUUCAGCCGAUUGAAUUUGGUUUUUCAGACAUACCCAAUCACAAAGCUGUUCUGGAAACAAGCCUUCGCCAGCAUGCAACUCUUUCUCAAAAUGAUGUGCUCAUAGUCAAUCAUGGUGUACUUACAUAUCAUCUUCGUGUUCUAGAGUUAAAACCCUCUCCCAGCAUAUCUGUCCUUGACACAGAUAUUGAGGUUGAUAUCGUAGGUCCUGAUUCUGCUCCUGAAAAAACAGAUCAGCAUGUUUUGAUACCAAUCAUGUUUGGGAAGUCGGAAUUUGGAGUGGUGGAAGAAGGGAAUUAUAUGUAUUACAAAUUUUCAAUCGAUGUCGAUGUCUGGGAAUUGAUUUCUUCUGGGGACUCUGAAAUUGAGGUAAAGAUAGACAUGGAGGCACAAGAUGGGGAUACUGAUCUGUAUAUUUCCAAGCACCCCCUCUUAUUUCCAAAUCGGCAUCAACAUGGAUGGUCCUCUCACGAUGUGGGCUCAAAAGUUUUGGUACUUAGCUCCAGGGACCAGAGUUUGGCGCAAGGCACUUAUAGUAUUGGUGUAUAUGGUUUCAAGGGAAAAACAAAAUACGAGCUCUCUGUGACUGUUCAAGAUAGGAGCAACAGCAAGGUGGGUCAGCAGGCGGUUGCAACAUCCUCAACAUUCAUGGAGGCUGAUACUGUAGAGUGCAGGAACUGCAGGCACUAUAUUCCCUCGAGGACAAUAGCACUGCAUGAGGCCUAUUGCAGGAGACAUAAUAUGAUCUGUCAGCAUGCUGGUUGUGGUGUUGUUCUCAGAAUUGAUGAUGCAAAAAAUCACACUCACUGUGAAAAGUGCGGAUUAGCCUUUCAUGGGGGAGAAAUUGAGAAGCACAUGAAAGUGUUUCACGAACCACUUCAGUGCCCCUGUGGGGUUGUACUCGAGAAGGAACAGAUGGUGCAACACCAGUCUUCAGACUGCGCACUGCGCCUGGUUACUUGCAAAUUCUGUGGGGACAUGGUUCAAGCUGGGACUUCUGCCGCAGAUGUACGAGAUCGACUAAGAGGACUUUCUGAGCAUGAGAGUGUUUGUGGUUCCAGAACUGCCCCAUGUGAUUCUUGUGGGCGUGCAGUCAUGUUAAAAGAUAUGGACAUUCAUCAAAUUGCUGUUCAUCAAAGAGGCUGAUCACGUCUGGGUAUGUGUUUAUAGGAAUGCGCUAAAAGACUGUAUUUUCUGCAAUGUGCACUACUGGAUUAUGAAAUUAGCUAUGCAAAUGAUGUGUCCUGUACUCUGAUGUACUGCAAGUUGUCAUGUGUCCGACUUAUAAUUUAAAUUACUUGUUAAAGAUUCUGUUCUUUUUCUAAAUUUUUAUCUAAGCUAUAACAUUCAGGCUUUGCAUGGUUA